AUGGAGCCACACCCACUACAAGAUGCCUCAUCCCCAGCCUCAUCCAUAGUAGUAGCUACAGUAACAGUAGUAGAAGUACUGCAUCUUCUCGUUAAUGGACCAAGCACCUCGACGUAUGGACAUCACGUGGGCAGCCAUUGUAUGGGCGUGGUUUAUAAUAAAAAGCCCCGCCUUUAUAAAAUCAAAAAUAAAAUUAAAGAAAUGAGCUACUGUGAAUCAUUGUGGGGUGAAAUUGAGUCAGGAAGCGAUAGGGAUGAAGGAAAGAAGCAAAUGUGGACUGACCAAUGGCGGCCAGGACCAGUAACAGCCCAUAUACCACCUGUAGCAUCUCAUACUGACCAGACAGCAAAUAUCUUGCAAGAGAGUAUAGAUUAUCCAAAGAAUGUAGGGAAAGGUAAUGCCAUAUUGCAUAUAAUUGAUUUGAGGGAGUACAUUGAUGAGAUGAAGCAGUUGAUCCUCAAUUCAAGACUACCUCAAACCAUAGAGAACAGAGAGUCACUGAUUCCACCUGUACCUCCCAACAGGUACUGGCCUGUUCCCUCCAAAAUAAGAUGGAACAAAGCUGAGAAUCAAGAGCCAAUGAAUAACAUAUCAUUACCAGUGUGGGUUAGACUGAAUGAGGAGUCUUUGUCUUUAUUAAAAAGAAGAGGUGUAGCUGCAGCUGCCCUUUAUGUAGGCUAUGAUGGGGUAAUGUCAAGAGCACUGCAUUGCUUAAGUGAUGUUCUGGGAGAUUAUUUGAGACGGUUUUCGUGUUUACUGAGAACAAAUUUAAACAAGUCUUCGGAUCAAAGAGGAUUAAAUGUAAUACUUGAUAAAACGUUGGAGCAAUUUGGCAUAAAUGGAAAGAGAGAGUUGAAAUGCUAUUGGGAAGCCAUUUUGUCAGAGCACGACGGAAUUGUUGAAGACGCUCAGGAACAAGUUGAAGAAUUCAAAAGGGCCAUGUGCAAUCCAGUUAUGGAGAGAGAGAAGUUAAUCAGAAAUCUUCAGUUACCUUUGUCAAAAUCAUCAAAAAAAGAUUCAUUAAUUGGAGGAGAUAACCCAUUUUUAUCGCCAUUGUUUGGGACCCCUUUAGCUGCUGUUGUUGGUGGAUCUGAGGAAGAGAUAGCCAUAUCCAGUGACAACAUUAACCUUGACAACGUUGCAGCUGCUAAAACUCCUGAUCUAGGAUCAAACGUAUUAUUACAAGUACCAGAUCAAGACACAGUUGGUGUCUGUCUUGAUAGCCCUCCACUCCCUAGGAAGCGGCUAAGAUCAAUGUCACUUGGAAAUGACUAA